AUGCAUUUCUCUCGACGUGGUCUUGCGCUGCUUCCACUGUUCAUCUCCGGUGUCCUCACCGACUAUCUCACGCCAACAUAUCCAGCACCUAUUGAUUUGAGUGGAGAUACCAGUUUCGUGGCCGCCAGUUGGAGGAAUCUGAGCUCGACUUUUGACAGAUACUUGAAAGACGAACAGAGCUCAGCAUCAAAAUCCUUGUCGGGCGUCGAGAAUGUCACCUUUUCAGUCGGCAUGUUUUCUCUUCAUGAUCCCGCCGCCACCAAGCUUCAAUACCAUUACACUGCUCCCGAAAUCGCCAACGCCAAACAAGGCACGAACAAGGUCGACGGAGAUAGCAUCUACCGUGUAGCCUCGGUUUCGAAGCUCAUCACGACCUUUGCUGGCUUGGUCGAAUUGACUGAAGAAGAUUGGAACCGUCCCCUUAUACAGAUCAUUCCUGGUCUAGGAGCCUACUCUCGAGCUUAUCCCCAGGCCCUGAACUCUCUCUACAUUACCCAGUGGGAUAAAAUAACACCGUGGGCACUGGCCACCCAGCAGAGCGGUAUCGCGACCGUGGGUUGGCCAGUAUCUGACCUUGCCGUCAUACUUGCGGCAGCCGUCGCAGAAGGGCUGGACGGGGUGGAUGAGCCCACAAGCUACGGCUUACCACCAGUCAACGUCAGCGCGUUGGGCCCUUGUGCGACCAAGUACCUCAAGGACCCUACAAAUACUUUUUGUCCAUCGCCAGAGGGAAUCGAGGCCAUUGACGGCCUGCCGCCCAACUUCCUGCCCUGGACGACACCUGCCUAUUCCGACGAGGGAUUCAUGCUUCUCGGGAUUGCAAUCUCGAACCUCACGGGCAAGCCGCUGUCCGCUGUAUACCGAGAUGCAGUCUUCGAACCGCUCGGCAUGAAAUCCUCGAACGACACCCACCCGACGGGAAAAGCCGAACUGGCACGGUCGGUUAUCUCUGGCGACCCAGCCGCCAACUUCGCUCUGGAAACGGGCUUCACCACCCCGUCGGGGGGCAUUCUGUCCACCAUCAACGACCUCUCCAAACUCGGCAUUGGCAUCAUGAACAACACGCUACUCACCGCCGAGACCACGCGCAAAUGGAUGAAGCCCCAGUCACACACCGCCAGCCUCAGCUACUCCAUCGGCGGUGGGUGGGAAAUCCAUCGCUACGUCCAUCCUGCCACGGGGAAAGUAACCGAUCUAUACACCAAACUGGGCGACUCUGGCUUCUACGGGGGUGCUCUCGUCCUCAUUCCGCAAUACGACGCCGGCUUCACCAUGCUCAACGCCUACAGCAACCAAACAAUUCGCUCCCCAGCUGCCAUCCUCAUCCUCGACCACGUCACCGAUGCCAUUCUACCGGCGCUGGAGGCACAAGCCGCGGCCGAAGCCAGGGCUAACUAUGUCGGCACCUAUGUCUCCACCGAGGAGACGUUGAAUGCCUCUGUCACCAUCUCCUUCAACGAGUCCUCGGUCCCCGGGAUCAUCUCUGGCCUCAGCGUCACGGCCUGGACCUUUAACGGCACCGACAUCCUAGAGGGCCCGCUUUUCAAUGGCAUCAAACCACGCCUUGAACCCUCUAUCCCCAAGCAAACCCCCGAUGGUUUGCCUGGCCAGGUGGCUUUCCAGGCGUCACAUCAGGUGCAGAUGUUGACAUAUAGGGCUGCAAUGGAUGUGCCAGACUCAGGGGUCGUGGGGACCUGGACGGGAUUUUACGCCACGAACGGUGACUUUGUGUACACGGAUUCCACACGCUAUGGCGGAGUGGGUCUAAAUAUGUUUGUGUUCGACGUGGACGGCGAGGGAAGAGCCACAGCAUGCAGUCCAGCUAUAGACAGGGUGACGCUGAGAAGGAGAGUGGAUGACUGA